AAAAAGAGCAGGCAUCAUCACAACUCUGAUAUAAUUUAUUAUGUUUAAUAAAUUAUCACUUUGUGAGGUUGAAAAAUGCGGGGAAGCCUCGACUUGCUCUGUUCAAGGUUGCGCGUCUGCAUUUGAUUGAAAAUUCACAAGUCCUGUUGAAAUAAAAGGCCACGAUGACCCUUUUCAAAGAUUUCUACAGCAUCGAAACACAUCGGUUUAUAUGGUUAGAAAAUAUGUAUUAGACAUAACGAAAUACAGGCAAAAAACUAACAAAAAACAGCAUAUAUUAAAAAUGUUGUAGAGAGCUGUGUAAGGACUUAUGAUGGGAAUAUUAUAGGAGUAUUAUAGGGCCUGGUGAUACGGGAUUAAAAAGCCUAUCAUAAGUGAGGUCACUAGCCUAUAAAAAGACACAUUUUAUUAGGCCAUACUCAUACAAUAAAUAUGAUAUUGUCCUAAAAUUAUUAUUAUUAUUUACUGAUUAUUGUCGCCCUCAGGGUUUGACAGGGUAGGGUGUCAUUUUGCGGCGUAAAGCCCGUUUGAAGAGCUCUAAAAGGAGGCUGAGCUGAGCGCGUUUGCCUGCUUUGGCACUUCACUAUAUAGAGUUAAGGGUCUUUCUUUAACACCGCCCGCCGCACAAAGGCAGAGGGGUGUUUGGAAAGCACGGCGGGGCAGCUAAACGUUUGAAGACACGAAGCAAAAAAAAAAGAAAAAAGGUCAAAAUGUUUAUAUUAUUUUUGAAAAGGGAGGUGCUGAGAUCUCCUUUUACGCCUGAUUGGCCGAACUUGACAGUGAUUGACGUGCAUCCAUGGCAACCGGGCAGCCAAUCUGCCAAGUCCAAUAGGAAAUCAUCGGAGGGGGCUUGACUGUCUUUUUCUCCCCCCUUAAAAAAUACAUCUCGGCUCCGGCUUUAAUUCUUUCGUACUUUCAAUCCCAGCCUACCUUGAAAAUACGCAGCGGCUCCGGCUUUAAUUUCCUCACACCUUCAGCCCUUUGCCUGCCAAGUUUGCCAAGCCUGAGGAUGCGGUAGCCGGUCUUUCGCGUAGCAUCGUUCCUCCUCCGCAGUGUUUGCGGGGUGUUUUUUUUUCCCCCACGGCUGGUCAGACGAUUGGUUCGGUAACUUUGGGAUUGCCUUGUUUUUCUGGGUGUCUUGGACCGCCUCGGCGCACGGAAGGAAGAAACGACGCGGAGGAGAGAGGGAGCGAGAGACAGGAGAAAGGAGGGGGAGAGGGAAACACAGGAGAAGCCUCCAUGUUUCAGCUGCCCAUCUUGAAUUUCAGCCCCCAGCAGGUCGCCGGGGUCUGCGAGACUCUGGAGGAGAGCGGGGACGUCGAGCGCCUCGGCCGCUUCCUCUGGUCGCUGCCCGUCGCGCCAGCGGCCUGCGAGGUCCUCAACAAAAACGAGUCGGUGCUGAGGGCCCGGGCCGUAGUCGCCUUUCACACGGGCAAUUUUCGCGAACUUUACCACAUCCUGGAGAACCACAAGUUCACCAAAGAGUCGCACACGAAGCUGCAGGCGCUGUGGCUCGAAGCGCACUACCAGGAGGCUGAGAAGCUGCGGGGACGCCCGCUGGGGCCGGUGGACAAAUACAGGGUGCGUAAGAAGUUCCCCCUACCCAGAACCAUUUGGGAUGGAGAGCAGAAAACCCACUGCUUCAAGGAGAGAACCCGGCACUUGUUAAGAGAAUGGUAUUUGCAGGAUCCAUACCCGAAUCCCAGUAAAAAGAGGGAGCUUGCACAGGCUACAGGACUUACACCCACACAAGUAGGAAACUGGUUCAAAAACCGCAGACAAAGAGACAGAGCAGCGGCUGCGAAGAACAGGCUCCAGCAGCAGGUCCUGUCCGGCGGUUCGGUUCGCUCCCUGGCUGACGAGGACGGCACCGUGGACCGCCUGGGUAACUCGUCCAGUCCGGAGGCCAGUCUGUCCAGCAAAGCAGCCGCCUCGGCAAUCUCCAUCACCUCCAGCGACAGUGAAUGUGACAUCUGACGGGCAGAUUGAGGGUGUUGAUGAAUUUAAAAAAGAAAAAAAAAAAGAGGGGAUGCGACUGAAAGACAAUCUAAUAAAACAAGUCAUAGUGCCUGCGAUGAGUUAUAAAAAACACACACACACACACAAAGUGACAUUUGACGGGUGCCAAAACAUGAAGGGAUCUGUGAUCUGCGGUGGACUGUCCGUCCUUAUCCUGUUAGGCCUACAUUGUUUGUUUGCGUUUUACCCACGUGUGGAUAACUGAACUUAAUACGGACGAAACAACAUAUUUGACGGACUAAUAAACCAACCAACAAAAAAGAAGAAACAUUUAAAAAAAA